AUUUUACUGGGUCAUCAAAAACCGCGCCGCAUUUCGAAUGUUUACGAUAUGGUAACAUUUGAAUGGUGUUUAUGCAGUGAUAACUCGUAAUAGUUGGUAACAUUAUUUGUUCGCACGAUGGCGUCUGGCGGUGCAGAAAACACAACAGAGGAAAGGACUGAGCCAGCAACGCCGGCACAACCCCUCACCAAUGUUGUGAGCGAAACAGCGCACAGGAUACUAGCAAUGAAUAAGGAUUCAGAUCUAUCUGGUGCGCCACCAAAGAAAUCACGUGUUGAAUUACAAUCCCUGCCAACGAGGCAAUAUUUGGACCAGACUGUAGUCCCAAUUUUGUUACAAGCUUUAUCUAGUUUAGCCAAGGAACGACCUGCUGACCCCAUUAGCUUUCUGGCUGGAUACUUGUUGAGGAAUAAAAGUCAAUAUGACAAUGGCGAAUCUCCACCUACUAGUCAAUGAACUGCGUAUGCAUGUAUAAGUAUGUGGUGAAAAUUGAAGAAUUGUUUAUGAACACUUAUUGACAUUUCUUAGGAAUAUAUUCAAGUUGGACAAGGCGUAUUUGUGUAUCAAAUUAAAUAAAAAUGUAUUAGCUUUCUAUCGUA